GCACAAGCACCAGGUCGUAGGUCUGUGGCCUCGGAUCUGUUGGAGGCGGCGAUCGUGCAGAGGUCCCGCCGGCGCCAUGUCGUUCUGCAGCUUCUUCGGGGGCGAGGUUUUCCAGAACCACUUUGAGCCGGGCAUCUACGUGUGUGCCCAAUGUGGCUAUGAGCUGUUUUCCAGCCGCUCAAAGUACGCACACUCAUCCCCAUGGCCGGCCUUCACCGAGACCAUCCAUGCUGACAGUGUGGCCAAGCGUCCAGAGCACAAUCAGCCUGGAGCCUUAAAGGUGUCCUGUGGCAGGUGUGGCAAUGGGCUGGGCCAUGAGUUCCUGAACGAUGGCCCCAAGCGUGGACAGUCCCGCUUCUGAAUAUUCAGCAGCUCACUGAAGUUCAUCCCUAAAGGCAAAGAAACUUCUGCCUCCCAGGGACAGUAGGUGGGCAGCCCACACCCAACCCAGAUGGACACUGCUUUGUGGCCACACUCUGGACAUCCCACCUUAGAAGUGGAACCUCAGACAUUUGGACAGGGGAGCGGGGGUUGGGGGGAGAGGGGUAGCUGAAACAUCAGGAAGGUUCCCGAGGCCUUGCCUCCGAACAGGCUAGGAGAAGGGAAGAGGCUGCGAAAAGGAGAAGGCUACACUAGGCUGCCAGGGGGUGCCUGGAGGCCCCACUGUCAGCUCUCACAGUAGUCUCAGGGAGGGGGCUCUAGGCCUGGCUCGUCUUAGAGUGAUGGUGCAGCCUCUACCUUCUCUCCUCAGCCCGCUGCCCCCUCCCUGCCUGUUUGGACUCACCCCGGUGAGGCCCAGUUCUGAGAUGGGCUCUGGCCCUCGCCGAAGCUCUUGCCUGUCUCCAGCAGGCUGUGCUAGGAGAGAGAACGCAAACAGGGGCGGCUCCAGUUGGCUGCUCCAGCCCUGGUCACUCUAUGAUUCUCUCUGACUAAACCCUUCCAGGCAGCCAGAGUGGUGAUGAUCUGUGACCUGCUGGGGGAGCAGGCAGAGGGGUCAGAUCUCUGGCCUCUCGGUUAUGAAAGGAGAAAUCCCGAACCCUGUUGCACCAUCUGUGUGGAUGCUGCUUGCCCCACUCAGGCUUAGGAAAGCAGCUAUUGCUCCAUCGCCUUGACUGUGCAAGGCUGGGGACACCGGAGCUCACAGCCUACAGUUCACCAUUUCCGGGGACACAGUGACUGUGCCUCACUGCACAUGCUCUGAGGGUCCUGCCAUCAGGGAGGGUGGGCGAAGUCCCUUCCAUCUUGAAUCCUCUUUGGAGUAAUCAGGAAGAGAUCAAUAAACAAACAGAACCCAG